AUGGAUAUGGUGAUGAGAGGAUUUGGAGAUAUAAAAAAAGAACCAAAUGGAAAUUGUAGCAGUGAAACAAUACAAUAUCACUGGAGGGGCUUAAAAGAUUGGACACUGAUUAAAAGAUCUAUGAACUUAAAGACAUUGCAAAAGAAACUAAAGAAAGAAAAAUUCAAAGUGGCUACACCAUUUUGCAUUCUCAACAACAUUGCUCCGGUUUGUCAACAUCUUCACCAACACUUAAUAUUUGACUUUUUGAUUAUAGCCAUCCUGAUGGUUUGUGAAGUGGUAUUUCAUGGUGGUUUUAUCUGA